AUGUCCAAGAAGACGCCCUUCUCAAAUAUCCACGACACGAAAGAUGAAGACUUGUGGACAUACACAGGCCCCCCUGUGAAGGGUACUGGUAAGAACACUCACAAAAGGAGGACUAGGAAACAGCAGAUGAAGGAAAAGAGUAUCUGGGAUAUUCCAGCGAAGCCGGUUGUGCAAGAGAGUGUAGAGGACCUAGAGGGGUGGAGGAGCUUUAAAGGGCCUAGCUUUCGGCCGAAGAAAGCUAUGAGUGCUGGGAACAGUAUUGUUCCAAAGAAACCUGUCCUGAAGCGGAGGAGUGAGGAGGAUUUGUGGGCUAUUCCUACUACAGAAAAGGACUUCAACGAGCAAGCGUCAAAGAUGGAGGAUGUCGUCUGGAGCAGUAAACCCACUGAAGUUCGAAAUCCACCAUCAAGCGGUUUCGAACCGCCAAACUUAGUGGACCCAAAGGCAUAUACGACGAUGCCCAAGGCCUCUACCCCUCCAGACCCAAUGCAAAUCAAGGUCAGUGAAACAAUUUGGAGGCUCGAGAGAGAGCAAGCACGCCUACCACCUCAACCACCCCAAAGCGCUCCCUCCACCCUCACCUCCCCCAAAACCGAAACCACCGCCCCGCCCCCCUUCUCCCUCCUCCUCUCCCUCCCCACCGAGCUCCAACUCUCCAUCACCGACCUCCUCCCCACCGAAACCAUCCUCGCCCUCCGCACCACCUGCCACCACCUGCACACCCUCCUCCCACCCCCGUCCCUCGGCCCCCUCCUCGCCCUCGAACGCACCCCCUGGGCCCGCAACCGCCGCUUCCCGCUCUGGACCUGCUCCCUCUGCCUACGCCUCCGCCCCGCCCCCGCCUUCGCCGACACCAUGGUGCGCGGCGCGCGCGGGCUCAACGGCAAGGAACCGCACAAGCGCUUCUGCGUCGCCUGCGGCAUCCGCCCGGACCCUGGCACGCGCGCGUCGCGGUACGCGCCGGGGUCCGAGGUCAUCGUGAGCGGGGUGCGGCAUGUGUUUUGCCGGGAGUGCAGGGGGUAUGAGCGGGAGUUGGGGGGGAAGGGGACCGGGGUUUGCAGGGGGUGUCAUGAGGAGAUGGGGCUGGGGGGCAUGGUGAGGGGGGUGGAGAGGGGUGUGAAUCCCGGGAGGGAGAAGAGGGCGAGGAGGGGGUGGCGGAGGGGAGGGGUGCUGGGAGGGCGGGAUCCGUAUGGUUAUGAGAGCGAGGAUUGUGAGUUGCUGGAUGGGUAUGAUUCGGAUUUUUGGGAGAGUUAUGAUCCGGCGGAUUGA